UUGGUGCACUGUCUUCACUUCUGCUUCAGAGAGAACUGUGUCUAAAUGGGUGUGUUAAGUUGGCAGAGAAGAACAGACAACCUCUGGUGGAAUUCUGUUUUCAUCAUGUUGUCUCACCAUUGCUGGCUGAGCUGAAACUUCCUGCAUCUUGGGGAGAGCAUGUAUAAAAGGAAUGACUUCAUGGCCAAUGUGAAGGUCACCUCCGCCACUCCAGAGGGUAGCAGCAGCUCAGAUUCUCUGGAAGGGCGGAGUUCAGAUUAUGCCAAUAAAAGCUACGAUGCAGUUGUGUUUGAUGUGUUGAAAGUAACUCCUGAGGAGUUUGCUAGCCAGAUUACACUGAUGGAUACACCAGUAUUUAAAGCUAUACAACCUGAGGAACUAAUCAGCUGUGGAUGGAAUAAGAAGGAAAAACACAUCCUUGCUCCAAAUAUUGUUGCCUUUACUAGGAGGUUUAACCAGGUCAGUUUUUGGGUUGUACGAGAGAUACUAACAGCACAGACCUUAAAAAUAAGGGCAGAAAUAUUGAGCCAUUUUGUGAAAAUAGCUAAAAAGCUUCUGGAACUGAAUAACCUUCAUUCACUGAUGUCUGUGGUGUCAGCACUGCAAAGUGCACCUAUCUUCAGACUGACCAAAACCUGGGCCCUGUUGAAUCGCAAAGACAAGACCACCUUUGAGAAGUUAGACUAUUUACUGUCCAAGGAAGAUAAUUAUAAAAGGACACGAGAGUACAUCAGAAGCUUGAAAAUGGUUCCUACUAUUCCAUAUUUAGGAAUUUAUCUCCUGGAUUUAAUCUACAUUGAUUCAGCGUAUCCCUCUUCAGGCAGCAUUAUGGAGAAUGAACAAAGAUCCAACCAAAUGAACAAUAUUCUCCGAAUAAUAGCUGAUCUGCAAGUCUCCUGUAACUAUGAUCAUCUUACAACACUCCCUCAUGUGCAAAAGUAUUUGAAGUCUGUCCGUUACAUUGAAGAACUUCAGAAAUUUGUAGAAGAUGACAAUUACAAAUUAUCAUUAAGAAUUGAGCCAGGCAACAGCUCUCCUCGACUGGUUUCCUCCAAAGAAGAUCUUGCAGGUCCAUCUGAUGUGUCAGCAUUUAUGAAAUUCAGCAGGAGACCCACAUGCCCUGAUGCCUCAGUAGCAGCAAGUCUACCUACACCUCCUGUACCAAGGCACAGGAAGAGCCACAGCCUGGGAAACAACAUGAUGUGUCAGUUCAGCGUGGUGGAGAGCAAAAGUGCGACGUUCCCGACGGAGAAGCCACGCCACCUCCUGGAUGACAGCGUCCUGGAGUCACACAGCCCAGCCCGCAGCCACCCGCUCAGCUCGCUCUUCACUAACGGCCUCUCCAUAGAUAGCAGUGAAAGCUCAGAAUUUAGUGAGGAGCUGCCGUCAGGGCUUGAAAGGGGUCGUUUAUAUGCCACGCUGGGGCCUAACUGGAGGGUACCGAUCCGGAAUUCUCCUAGGAGUCGAAGCUGUGUCUACAGCCCAACAGGGGCCUGCAGCUGCACUUUGGGUAGUUCUACAGGAGUCAUUACCAUGGAAGGGCCCUUAAGAAGAAAAACAUUGCUCAAAGAAGGCAAGAAACCUACUCUCUCCUCAUGGACUAGAUACUGGGUUAUGCUUUCAGGAUCAACUCUCCUGUACUUUGGAGCAAAAUCUUUAAGAGGCACUGAAAGAAAACACUAUAAAUCUACACCGGGUAAAAAAGUCUCCAUUGUGGGCUGGAUGGUGGCGCUGCCUGACGACCCUGAGCAUCCUGAUAUUUUCCAUCUAAAUAACCCUGACAAAGGCAAUGUUUACAAGUUCCAGACUGGUUCAAGGUUUCAUGCAAUAUUAUGGCAUAAGCAUUUGGAUGAUGCAUGCAAAAGCAACAAGCCUCAGAUACCUGCUAAUCUAAUGUCAUUUGAAUAAUCUGCUCUCCUGCCUGGUGUGACUUCAAGUGCCAAACUGCAGGCUGUUGUUCUCUGAGGAGGAAGAGGAGAAUGGUUUUCCUGACAUGAGCCAGCCACAAAUAUUUCAGCACUUUCCUGUGUAACUUGAAAGUGAUUCUGACACAGCUUUUAAAAGCAGAAAGUGAAUGUUGUCCUUAGGACCAGAUGUAGUCUCAUGCACUGAGUGAAAACAGGACAAGUUAGAUGGACAGAAGAUUAAUCCUGACCCCUGCAGGAUUCUAGAGCCCUUGACUUUUUGUGGUCAGAGACUGCCACGAACUGAUGUUUGACCACGAACUGAGCAUCACAUCUUCUGCCAAUUCUUUUUUAAACGGUUCUUUUUAUUGUUAAGCUGCUUUGUGUGACUGAACAAUAUUUGGCCCAUGUUGGGUUUCAAUUCUUUCUAAUGCACAGAAUGAUUGACAGUGUUAACUUGCUGCAAAGUGUCAAUUAGAAUAGAAAAUUGUGGAACAACAUUUUUAUAAUCUUAAGUGCACUGAGUUGCUUGGCAAUGUGGCUGCCUCAGAUUUUGUAUCAAAUCUCUGGACAAUUCUGCUGUUCACAUUUGAGCUAUUUGGGAAAAAUGUAUUUUGGCACAGGACAGUUGGUUUUCUUUUCAUUCAGUUCUUGGGGGUGCUCUGACAGUGGAUUUAAGGCCAUUUAAACAUAUGCUGUGCUAAAGGUUGUCUUUCACUCUCUUACUUAGAGGCAUAGUUGUUUACAAGUUUGGGGGUUCUUCAGUCUGAAUGUUGCUCAUCUUAAAUGCCUUGGUGCAGUGAAGCAGGUGCUGGGGUGUUAUGUAUCACGAGGCCCUGGCUUCUCAGAAGGAGGAGAUUGCUGCUCCUGUUCUGUCUUUCUGCAGCUGACUCUGCUCUGCUCAGUUCCAUACAUGAUCACCUUUGUGACGCACAGCACUGGCACAUGGUACCGCUGCUGCUGGCAGUGGAAGCUAGGGAAGACUGACAGGGGAGCAAGUUCACAGAAGCCUCCACAAAAGCAUCUGGAGAACAAAAAAAGUGAAUGUAACUGAACCUUCUCCUCUGACAGAACUCUCUACACCCAUAGCUGUAUCCCAGAUGUGCCCUAGCACUCCUGUGGUCAGGUUUUUUUACUGUUCCCAUGCUAAGUUCAGCACUUACUCUGCUUGAAACUCUUUUUGCCAUAAGGCACCAGAAUUCAUCCAGAAAACCUCGUUUGAGUUUCCCAAGAUUGCCUAGAGGAGAAGUUUGCAAGUCAACCUGUGUCUUACACACUGUAGGAAGCUGGAAGUUAGUUUAAUUGAACAGAACCUCUAUUAGAACAAACUCCCUGGCAUUAGUGGCAUCAGGUUUGAACCAUGUGCAGAAAAGUGACCAAGUUGGUGCCACCCUAACCAGAGCUGCUCAAGUCAAGAGGGUUUUUUAAUGUAACUUUAUUAAGGGUUUUUAAUGCAACUUUCCCCUUUAAAAGGGAAUAACCUGAUUUGUCUUCAAUAUAAAUGACAUUUAAAAUGGAUCCCUUACUGGCAUGAAAUGAACUUGCAUUAGAAACACAUAAAUUCUUACUCAUGUGAUGUAGUGGAAAGGAACACCAGUAAGGACUUGUGAGAUGGUUUCCAGCAUAUUGUAAUUGAGAUAAACUAAUGAAUGCUGUAGCCAUGUCCUGUUAUGCUUAACAAGCCUCCUUUGAAAGGAGCAGUAACUGCUAACUGAUGAGUAGCAGUGGAAUGAUCCUGUACACUUGGAAUUGAAUAGCUUUUAGAAUGUAAGGGUCUCUGAAGCAUUAUAUAUGUUAUUGUAUGUACAAAAGGUAGUCUUCCAGCCUUCAAAAACAUACUUCUACUCAAAUCUAUGACCCAUAGAUGCUCUUGGAGAAGCCACAAAGGUGUCCCAUUUCCACUCUCUUGUAAAACAGAUUCCCAACAGAAUGGAAGCAUCUUCGCCAGCAACGCUGAUGGGCUCCAAAACAGCCUGGCAGGAAGGAGCAGCAGUGUUUGUGAAUUACUCUUAC